AUGCUGGACACUGCCGCUGCACAAGCUAUCAUCACAUCUCUUGUGAGACCACAGCUGACGACAGGCUUCUACUUUGCCGUCCAGUCCGGCGGCAACUUUGAGAUCUCGUACUCUGUCAUGGACCCGAAGGACAAGGUCAUCCUCGAGGGCGACAACGAGCGCCAGGGCGACUACAUCUUCACGGCCAAGACGGUGGGCGAGUACUCGUUCUGCUUCAACAACGACGCGACGGACAAGCUGAUUGAUUUCGAGUACGUAGCGAGGCUUCCUAAGGAGGCCGAGCGAGUCGGAGCGAUCUUCGCUGGUCCUUCGCCAUGGUCCCGCCCUGGCUCUGGUCUUCUGGAUCCUCGGGCCGCGACAACAAGGCUUCGGGCCCCGUCGUCGCCUUCGGCUCCUCCGUUCGGCCCCAGCUAA